AUGAAAUUUGGCAGUAAUCUACAGCAUUUAUCAACCCCGCAAUGGAAGAGUUAUAACAUUGACUAUAAUGACUUGAAAUACCAAAUCAAAAUUGUUACCAAUAACAAAGAAGCCUCAACAAAAAUUACAAGGCAACAACUAUCAAAACUACAGCAUUCGUUUAUUGAGAAUAUCGAAUAUGCCAAUUUGUUUGUCAUUACCAAGUAUGGAGAGUUGAAUAGGAAAUUACAACAUCUUGAAACAUUGCUCAACAAGAUUAGAGAAGAGGGCAACACCACCACCAAUGCCAACACCAAUGCCAACACCAAUGCCAGCGCCAAUGCCAACACCAAUGCCAACACCAAUGCAUACUUUAUCGAAAUUGAUGAGUUAUUCUAUCAAGCAUUAGAAAUCUCAAGUGUGUUGAAGAACUUGUCAAAGUAUAUCCUCUUGCAAAAAAUUGCAUUAAAGAAACUUUUCAAAAAGUUUCUCAAAUACCAUCACUCGAAAAAAGAAGCAGUAACGUUUGUGUCCGAUUUGAAAACAUUCAUGUUGCAAAAUCCAAAAUCACUUAUCAACUUUGACUUGUCCAAAAUAACAUUGGAGCUAACAAACUUUAUCAACGUCAUCAAGUAUGAAAGAAAUAUGAUUGAAAAGUAUAGUCAAACGCCAGCAUUACAGAGGAAAAACUCACUAUUCAGUAUAGCAUCAACCAUGAAUUCAUCCUCAGAUUACCAAAAUUCAAUCCUCCAAAAAGCUACCGCCACAGCCAUGGCGACGGAGUCUCGAACAGGAACAGGUAUAGGAACAGGAACAUGUACACCAUCCAACAUUGAUAGCUCCAACUACCAACAAAUUCCUCAGACUCCGGAACUGUACUUUGACUUGCUCACACUUUUAAAGAAAAAUUUUAAACUCGAUUGUCUAGUUCCUGCAGAUAUUACCAAUGACGUUACCCUAAACUUCAAUAUAUAUCUCAACUUGAAAACAUUCAAUGAGGAUAUGAUGUCGACCACAUACCUCAACAAUGACUUGCUUGAAGAACCAGCAAUGAUUGUGAGCAAUGCUUCAAACCCCAACUCCUUAAUAAUUGCACCUAUCGGAGGAUUACGAAAAUACUCGUACUGCAUCUUACCAAAUAAUAUUGUACAAAUUUUUCUAAACCAUCUUUACGAUAGAUUUAACGAAGAAUACAAAAACCAGCUUUUUGAUUAUUUCCAAACAGCAACUCUGUUAACUAAAAAAACCAUCAAUUUCAUUGUUGCCAAUGACUACACGCCAAAGCUGAAGGUUUUUUACAAAAGAGCAAGGUAUACAAUUGUUGAUGAUGAUGAUGAUGAUGACGAUGAUUGUGAUUGUGAGAGUAAUAACAAUUAUGGUAAAGAGAACAACAAUAUCAAUAACAAUGUUGAUGAAGAUAAUGAAGAUAGAAGAAGCGAAAGGAAAAAGAAGAUGGCACCUUCUGAAGAUGAUGGGUACUUGCUCUCUUUUGAACGCGAUAUUUCCACCACCGACAAGAUUCAAUUUAUUAGUGUUAUUGACUUUCCUGAAGAUUAUCACGAGAUGGAUAUUUUCCCACAUAAUCAUCUCGGUGUUUAUUCAAACCAGCCAAACCUUGCCGACUUUGAAAGCUCGUUGCUAACCGAUGUUGAUAUGAAGACCGGUCUCGUUGAAAACAAGUUCCAUACAACAAACUUUAGACGGUUUCCCAAGAAAUUACAACAGAUAUUGGGAAAUAAUGGGAUAACUCUUUACAAGGGGUUUGACUAUUACCAAUACCAACUAUCAUGUUAUUUCAAUAUUGUUCCUAAUGCAAAGUAUAUAAACAAUCACUAUACAAAUUUGUUGAAACUCAAUUUGCUCAAGACAUUUGAAAAUGUUGAGUCAACACAUCAACAAUCGAACCAGGAAGAAGCCAUUAUCAGACACAAGUCAACCACGAUUUUGAACCACAAAUUAUCUCUUCAAUCUCGGAAAGCAAUAGAAGAAGAAGUACAGGAUCAAGAUCAACAACAACAACAACAACAACAGGAAAGACAGAAUUCUUACAACUCGAGCGUCUUUGAUAUAUCUCCCGAGCAGGACUCGUUGAGUGUCUCGCCCGCUUAUAUUCAUGACGAUAAUCAAAUUGGUGCAUUUGUCCAAUCGGUGCUUAAUUUGAAAAAUAAAUUCUUCAACAACGAAGAUGCUAUCAACACGAAAAGCAGUAGCCCCUACAAUAAAAAGAUCCACGAAAACCCAUUUUUCCAUGAAGCAAGCGAGAUUGAUCCAUAUACAAGGUUGCUUUCCGUCUACCAAAACCAAUCUACUGGUUACGACUCCAUAAAUGAUGAGCCAGUUUCAUACUUGCAUAGAAACGAUUACCAACACAAGUACGAGUACAACUAUGACCAAACCUUAUCCUACAUUUAUUUCUCAAUAACAAUUGUCUCUUUGUUUCUUUCAGGUUUACAAUUGGGUAUAUUCUAUUCCAUUUUCAAAGCUACGUCACCAGACUCAAGCUCUAGAUUUGUUGUUCGAGACAACUUGGGUGUAGUGGUGGUACUUGUGUUUGCAAUGAUUGUCAGUAUGCUUUUCAAUUUGAUUGGAAUCAAUCUAUUGUUUUACAGAUUCACACAAGCACCACAGAUGCACAGUUCGAUUGUAUGGGGUGGACUUGUCAUUACAUGCAUGGGUAUCUGUUGGAGCUGCACCUUACUCAUUGGAAACCUUUAA